AUGUGCGAAAAGUCCAUGUCCCAAGGUCACUCAGCGGACCUCACGAACCCCACGAUGCUUUUACAUACGCUCGAGAGCCUCCAGUCAGCGUAUAGGUUCCAAACGAGAUCGUGCGCUGGGGUUCUACAAGCCACAGGGCACAUUGAGACUGACUCGAAGAUGAUCAUGGAAAUCAUGUGGACAAUGCGACACCUUCGCAAGCCGUCGAUGUCCGGUGUGUGCGGCAUUGCUCGAGGGAGACUUCCACGAGCUCGGUUCAGUGGACCAGGAAUGCCUCCACAGAUUGUGUGGAUGGUCAAGCUGAUGCAAUGGUAUUCCGUGCCGGAUCUGCCCCUGCCUUGGGCACCCAAUAGGGACCGUGGCGUUGCCAUUCUACUCAGAUUUAAGUGA